UUGAGUAAGCAUUAUUUUAAAAUAAUUUUAUCUAUGGUUUGAAAAAGACUCAUAAAAAAACAACCGGAAAAAAAAAACAAACUUAAAGGCGGAGAGUGGUAGAAGAAAGAAAAGAGUGGUACCUACCUACCAAAGCAGUGGUGUAAAAUCAGAUGACCUGAUAUUGUUUUUCGGAUUUUUAUGAAAGUGCAGCACGCGAAGCUCCAUCUCAUCGAUCAAAAUCAGGGUUUUUAGGCAGAUCGCGGAAGGAAUUGUGGCCACGAAAAAUAAUCAUAGUUAUAGCAAUACCAUCCUGCCGCUUAUCGAUCAAUAAGAAGCAGGUGAGCAGAGCCUCAUGGUUAUCAGAUAAAAGCUCUGUUUAUUUUAUUUUUCUGUCACUUUGUUUGCCGGAAGGAAAAACAGAGGAGGGAAAUAAUUUUGAGCAUGGCAUCUGAAACGACCCAUUUGACUGACCGCCGGAUUGAAAUGGGGGCUAAUGAUGCCGAUUAUGAGAGCGAUGCAGAGGGGGGGUCUCUUGCCCUCGCCCUGCGUCGCAGACAGGCGAGUGAUGACGAGGAUGAGGGCGAGCACUCUCAGCUGAUGGUUCCGCCCGCUUAUGCGGACGAUGAUUCCGAGGGCGAGGGCGCUCCACCUCCGCUGGAGGACGAGGAAGAGGAGGAAGACGAAGAGGAGGAGGAGUAUGAAGAGGAUGUUGUAAUUGUGGAGGAAGAAGAAGAGGGGAUGAGGUUGCUCCGCCGUGGCGGUGGAGAAGAGGGAGGAGAGCUUGGGGUUUUGAAAAAUGUUGGGGAUCAGGGAAUUGCUAAGGAUCAGGUCGUUGAGGAGGAGAAGAAGGAGGCCGAGCCCUUUGCCGUGCCCACUGCGGGAGCAUUUUAUAUGCACGACGACCGCUUUCGCGAUAACGGCGGGGCGCGUCCCAGACGCAGUGCUGGUGGGAGGAAGCUGUGGGAAGCCAAAGAUGACAGGGAGUGGUUGCAUGACAGAUUUGAAGAUAUAAAUUUGCAAGAUGAUGAUGAAGGACAACGCAAGGGAGGUCGAGGCCGUUUCAGAGGUCGUGGUAGAGGUAGAGGUGGCAGACGUGGUCAAGGGAGAGGUAAUAGAUCUAGAACCUAUGAAGAUAAUAGUGCCGCUCCAUUUGUACGUAGAGGUGGUGGAAGGGGGAGAGGAUCCAGGAGGAAGGAAGCUGAAGUAAGAAAUGCUGGAGAUGGUUCUGUGGGAAUAAGCAAACAGGCAUUGAAGGCUUCAGAUACUCUACCAAAUAGCACAUCAAGUAAAACUAUUUCCCAGCCCAGUAGUGGACACAUUGAUGGUACGAAUCCAAAGAAGCAUGUUGGUUCGAGCUUGAGUUCCGCAUCACCUCCUUUCUAUCCAUCUGGUGCACAACAUCAAAAUGUGCUAUUACCUUUGAAAAAGGAAUCACAAUAUGGAGGUGCCACUAGAAGUACUUCUAGUUCAGCAGUGACUGGAGAUGAUGAAAUGAGGAUUUCAAACACUGCUACUACCUCAAGGAAUGGCAAGAAUUCUGUUUCUGUUCGUGGACAGUCACAGGCUCAAGUUGAUCCCAACUUGCGUUCAAGUGCUGGGAAACAGACAACCAAUAUCCAGCAAGCUUCAAAAUCUUCUUCAACUAAUUUGCCUCAAUAUCAGCAGUCCAAAAUUCAAGGAAGGAGUCCAAUGAAUGGGGGACAGCCAACUAAUCAUCCUACCAAUUCAGGUCAUCAAAUUAAUAAAGUUCCCACUUUCACAAAAAUGGAGCCUACAGCUCAUCCAAGAUCAGUCCAAAGCCAGGGGCAAUCAGGGUCACGAGCUCAUUCCCAGCAACCAACUCAACAAAGAGCUGGUAAUAGUCAAUCUUCCUCGGGACCUAGCACCUCUGAAGUUGGAAAUGCUUCAUCUCCACCUAGUUCAAAUAAGGGAAAAAAUGUGGCAUUGGCAAGGGGUGGGCCCAAUCCUCAAGGAGUAGGAAGAAGUUCUUAUGUGUAUAAUAGCACUCAGGCUAUCACAGGAACAAGUGGCAUGCCUGUGGCACACUCUGAGCAAAGCUUUCCACGUGCACCGGCAUUAUUACCAGUUAUGCAGUUUGGAGGACAGCAUCAUGCCGGGCUUGGGGUUCCUGCUGUUGGUAUGGCACUACCUGGAUAUGUGGCUCAACCUCAACUUGGUUUUGGAGCUACUGAAAUGACAUGGGUGCCUCUUCUAGGAGCUGCUGGUGCCCUUGGAGCCACAUACUGUUCUCCAUAUAUAGCACUUGAUGGUAGUUAUUAUCCUCAGCACACUGCUCAACCCGCUUCAUUUGGGGCUGCCGGAAGGGAUUCUGACAGCAACAAGCACCAGAGCACAUGGAAGCCAACUCCAAGAUCAGAACUUGUAAAUGAUGAAUUUGGCCAGCGCCAGAAUAAGCCACGCAGAUAUUCUGAGAUGAACUUUGGUCAGUGAGCACUAUAAGUGAUCCGUCAAGCAAUUUGCUAUAGCAGUUACAAGGUUCACUUGUAUCAGCCUUCUGUGAUUUUCACGUUUGCCCUGAUACAUUUGAGGUGGUAACGUCGUUCAGCAUAUUUUCUCUAUCUGAAAUAAAAUUUAGCUGCAGUAUUUGCGCCCAUUCAUGUGUGCUAUAAGGAUUUCACUGUAUUCUUCGUGCUAUGGACCUUCUGCAGUGAUGGAUAAAAAUUGGAGUUAUAAUGAAUGUUACAAUGGUUCGUUCAAUAGUUGUUUUGGAUUUGGGUGACACUAUUCUAAAGCUGUUCAAAUUUUCAAAGAGGUCAAAGGAUCAUAUCAUGGUUUGAUUUAAACAUUGACUCCAUUAGCAUAUAUUCUCAUACCGUACUCUGCAGAUACAGAUAAAGGAAUUGGUACACAGUGCAGUCUGCACUUUGAAGCUUCUUGUUUUGCAAGGUAGUGUUUUGCCAAGUGAGAUUGGGAGAAACAGACGUUCGUCAUAGGUGGUAGAAAGCAGUUGCCUGUGUUUGGGUUCAAGCUGCUUAUCAUCUACUUACCGAGUAUAUCCUGCCAGCAUGUUGAUGGUUGAUUAAUUUGCAAUUCUUCAUAUAUGGUAUAAUUUGGGUUUGAGAUAUUCUGUGUAGUAGAAGAUUUGAUCCUUCAAGUGCCCUGCUGGUAUGUUUACAGUUGAUUACUUUCCAGGCCUUCAUAUAUGCUAUAACUGGGAUUGAGACAUUCUGUAUAGUUGAAAACUUGUGUCUUUAAAUGAGUACGCUAUACAUCAAGUUGAAAUAGAUUCUACUGAUUAUAUCGUGGGCAUCAUCGGCAGUUUAAUUACAAGUUUCAAAUUAUUAUUUAAAUAAAGCCACACAUUAAUUUGUAGGA